GUCACUGAAGUUAAUCUGAACAUUAGAAGUCAGUGAUGGAGGCAGCAGUGGAUCAACAACUCCUGUGUGUGUGUGUGUGUGAGUGUGUGUGUGUGUGUGUGUGUGUGUGUGAGAUGUUGAAAUCACUGAUUUUCUCUCUGGGCUUUGGUGUGGGAGAGUGAGUGGUUUACAAAGUCUGUGUCACAGUGAGAUAAAGACGUAGAACUUGUGACGUAGAUAUCGUAGAAACUUAGACUGACGUAGAUUUUCUGCCUUUUUCAGCUGGAAAACAAAAGUGUUGUUGUUUGUGAUCACAGAGAAAACCAGUGAUUUAACAUCACACACACACACACAGGAGCUGCUGAUCCUCUGCUGCCUCCAUCACUGACUUCUAAUGUCGUAGUUUGUCACUUUGACUUUUAAAGUCUCUCAUUCAGAUUGACCUCAGUGACACAAAGUGACCACACGAGGCAGCAGAGGAGCAGCAGCUAAAACCACUGAUUUUCUCUCUGGGAGAGUGAGUGGUUUACAAACUUCAGUUUCCUGUUGGAAGUUGGUGGAAUUAUCGAUCACUGGCCACUUUAAUCUGUUUAAGCCUCUGUGUUGGAGCAGGAGGUGACAUGAAGGGGUUAAGAUCCAGAGGAAUGUGGAGGCAGGAGGUGUUUUCACUCAGCUUUUCAUCCUCUCACUUUCUCCAUCCUCUUCCUCAGGUCUUGUCUGCCAUCAUGAUGUCCAGGUCUCUGCCCAGAGGAAUCAACCCGCCCACUUUACCCCGCGGCAUCACCAUGCCCAGUUUACCCAGUCUGCCCAGAGGAGUGUCGCUGCCGAGGGUCGUCGCCAUGCCGACUGUUUCCCAGGCUCCUCGGAGGCUGCUGCAGGACUGCUGCUCUGUUCUGGACCAUCAGACACCUGGAGGUGUGUGCGGCUGCUGCUGGGCGCUGCGUCCUCGCUACAAGAGGCUGGUGGACAAUAUUUUCCCUGAAGAUCCAGAGGACGGCCUGGUCAAAGCUAACAUGGAGAAGCUAACCUUCUUCGCGCUGUCAGCUCCUGAGAAACUGGAUCGUAUCGCAGCGUAUCUUUCUGAGAGACUGACCAGAGAACUGAACCGACAACGCUACGGGUUCGUCUCCAUAGCGAUGGAGGCGUUGGAGCAGCUGCUGUUAGCGUGUCACUGUCAGAGCAUCAACCUGCUGGUGGAGAGUUUCCUGGGAACUCUGCGUCUGCUGCUGGAGACGGACAGGCCACACCUCCAAGUCCUCGCCACCAACUCUUUUGUGAAGUUUGCCAACAUCGAGGAGGACACGCCCUCGUACCACCGCAGCUACGACUUCCUCGUGUCUCGCUUCAGUCAGAUGUGUCGCUGCCAACACGAGGACCAAGACGUCCGCAACCAAAUCCGUGUGUCGGGGAUCCGUGGUCUGCAGGGCGUGGUCAGGAAGACUGUGGACGACGAGCUGCAGGUCAACAUCUGGGAGCCGGGUCACAUGGAGCAGAUUGUCCCCGCCCUGCUGGUCAACCUGCAGCAGCACACACACUUACAGAGUGAGUCUCCAGCAGAGCAGACUGAGCUGUGUUUCAGAGAGCUGUUGAGUCGAGCUGCUUAUGGACACAUCAACAACGCCAUCAGACCUGUGCUCAUGCACCUGGACACUCACAGUCUGUGGGAAGAACCCAGUUUUGCUGUUCGAUGUUUUCAGAUCAUCAUGUUCUCCAUCCAGUCUCAGCACUGUCACCUGGUCGUCCAGCAGCUUCUGUCUCACCUGGACACCAACAGUCUGAGUCCAGCGUCAGUGAGAGCAGGAAUCAUCCAAGUCCUGUCUGAGGCUGCUGUGAUAGAAGCUGCUGGAUCUGUGGGUCCCACGGUGUUGGAGGUCUUCAACACGCUGCUGCGACAGCUCCGGCAGAGCGUGGACGACCAGCUGACUGGUUACUAUGACAACGCUGGGAGACGUAGAACCACGUGUGAGGAGGAGAAGACGCUGCAGGACGCCGUCAUCAGGACCAUUGGAAGCUUCGCCAACACACUUCCUGUCUACCAGAGGUCAGAGGUCAUGCUUUUCAUCAUGGGGAAGAUUCCUGUUCCUGGCGUCUAUCCUGAUCUGGACUCGCCCAAUACCGGGUGUGAAGGCAGCAGGAUGAUCCAGGUGAUGCUGUUAAAGUCUCUGCUGCAGGUGUCAGAGCGCUAUGACAGCACUAACCUGUUGGUGGCGAUGCCCUUGUCUUUCCUGGAGCCGCUGCUGUCCUUCACUCUGAUGGAAGAUCCUGAGAUUUGUCUGCUCGUCCUCAAGGUCCUCAUCUCACUGAUGGACCGUCACCACAACACACACACACUGAGAGAGGCCAGUGUAGCGGUGGACGUGUCCCUGCUACAGCUGAAGGAGGACACGUCGUCUCGUCAGGACAUCCUCUUCAUGAGGAAGCACGCUCAGCGUCUCUACAGGCACGUCUACCUGGUGUGUAAGGAGGAGAGCAGUGGGCGGAGCCACUAUCACGCCCUCUUCACCUUAUUGGCCGUCCUGAUUGUGGAGCUGUCCAAUGAAGACGUGACUGUGGACCUGAUCAGGCUGGUUUUCGCUCUGCAGGAGCUAGUGUCGUGCAAUCAGGAGAGUCUGACAGUGUUUAACCACUGUGGUGUCCACGCCCUCUGUGCCGCCGUCCUCAGUCUGAUGUCCACACUGACAUGUCCUCCAUUACUGAGACACGUCUCUGAGGUGAUAGCUCGUCGUCAGCAGGUGGCUCCUCACCUGCUUCCUGACCACGCCCUCUGUGAUGAUGUCAUCACUCCCCCCACUGAGCUGCAGGUGGACGACGCCCUCCUGUUUGUCCAAUCAGAGAUGAGCGAGGCGCUGAGAGGAAGCAGCUACAGCUCUGAGCUCAUCAACACGCCAUACACACCUGAACUGACAGAUGAAGAGUGUCUCUCUAAGAGGAAGAGUGUUGGAGACAUUGUGUCUCUGCAGUUGGACUUGGACCAUUACUGUCCUCACACUCUACAGAGUCCUGAGACAAACCACAUCACCUUUGAGACUCUGAAGAACACCAUCGAAGACCGAGGAGACGUGGACGACGAGGAGCGGAGGAAGAGGAGACAUCUGGUGGAGCGAUUUCAGACGGCUCCGUUUGAGGAAAUCGCUGCUCACUGUGGAGCGAGGGUGUCCUCACUUCAGUCUAAACUGGAGCAGGUCUUUGACCUCGUCAUCCGUCCUCCUCCGUCACCAUGUGGACAUUCGGCGCUGCGCUCCACGCCGCUCUACGACAUGAAGUUCCCCGACCUGUGAGACACUCGAGAGCGAACGGACCAUGUCCCGAUUUAAGCUUUUCCUGAGUGUGUGUGUGACAGGAGAGGACGCGAGGAGGAAGGAGAGUCAUCACACGCUUUGUUCCCUCGUUGAUUGAUUAUUGAUUCCUGGUGUUUCUGUGUAUUAAUAAAAUACCGA